UGUGAAGACCGUAGAAUAAAGAGAAUCGGAUCGAAUUAUAUCGAACAAAAAUUAGAAGGAAGCAAGCAUAAUGUUAAAGUUUAAAUUUGAGAGACUCAUCAUUGAGCAGGAUUUAUAUGUGCUUAUGUGUUUUGGUUAUCAGAAACCAAGAAUGAGGAAAUGUAACAUAACUUAAAUAUGAAAACAUUGAAAAUGCCUUUCUGACACUUUUCAUUAAGUUUUAUCUAAGCCAAAAUAGUUUUGCGGUUCACAGAGUGGGUAUAUAAAAGUGGGAAACCCAAUCGAGUAAACCAACUAAUUCAAUACAAAAAGUCAAGUUCAACAUGGGAAACAUACGAUCCUGUACUAUUAUAUGUUGUCUGCUGCUCGGCACUGGAUUGAUCAUGGGUAGCAUCAGCUUAGCGCAAGAACCACAAAAGAGUACAAAAUUAUUCGGCGAAGUUAUACCAAAUAAUACAAAUACAUUGUCAAGACAAUCGGUUUCAGGAUCGACAACAGAAUCGUCAACUGAAUCAUCGACAAAAGGAUCGUCAACAGGAUCGUCGACAGAAUCGUCAAAAGGAUCGUCAACUGAAUCAUCGGCAACAGAAUCAUCGACAAAAGGAUCGUCAACAGGAUCGUCAACAGGAUCGGCAACAGGAUCGUCAAUAGAAUCAUCGACAACCACAUCGAAAACAGCAGCGACAACAAAAUCGACAACAACAUCAACAAAAGCGUCACCAACAACAUCACCAAAAAUAUCACCAAAAACAUCGAAAGGAUCAUUAGUUAUAUCGUCAACACCAUCGACCCCAAAUAAGGAUAAUAUCGAGAGGGAAAACGAAAAGAUAAAUCUCAAGAUACAGCACACUUUAGAGACAACGAAAACAGGUCAUUUUAUUGGCAAUUCGGAAUUCGAUCAGCAAACAGCACUUUUACGGAACGCGGCAGAUCUGGAUUCAAGUUCCUUGCAGUUGAAAAUGCAAGCGUAUCAUAAUUUUAUGAGCUAUAAUUUCUUCAGACUCAAACUGGAAGCUGAUCUGACCAGCCGAAUCGAUGUCGUCGAUAGCUUAUUGUUGGAUGCAAAGAUUGGCAAGCAGUGCAAAGCUUUCUAUCGCAACCAAAAAAAGGAAUUGCGUAGUGCCCUCAAUGAACCAAAUGCUUUAAAAUCCUACAAACUGAAGUUGUAUUCUGAAGAUUGCCCCCAUACUGAGUCCCAAGAUAGCUGGGAAUCUGAGGAAGAUACUGCAAUCUGUUGUAUCUGGCCUCAUAUAUUUCCCCUCAAUCGAAUGAAGUUAAAUGAAAAUAAUUUACAAAUUCCAGAAAGGAAAUCUAUCAAAGUACUAGAAUGA